AUGAAGUCCGCGAUCAUCUUACCCGCCUUGCUGGCACUCGUCGGUAGCGCCUCGGCGGCUCUGAACGUUACAGGUUCAACUUGUACCGUAACACCGUUGGAAACUGGAGGCAAUGGAAAGGAACCGGAUGACACACCGCAGAUCCUCGAUGCAUUCAAGCAAUGCGGAAAGAAUGGCAAGGUUAUUCUGACGGAAGGGUUGUUCCAUAUCGGGCAGGUAAUGGACCUCAAGGACCUUAAUAACGUGGAAGUCGAGAUCCAUGGUACUUUACGAUGGUCCUCCGAUAUCCAGUACUGGUUACGUAACAGUAUCGGUGUCGAGUAUGCUCAAAGAUCUACGGCUUGGCGUGUUGGUGGUCAAGAUAUCACAUUCCGUGGUUUCGGUAAAGCCUUAUUCGACGGCCAAGGCCAACUUUGGUAUGACGAAAACCGCAGUGGAAGCAACCAGGCCGGACGACCGAUCAGCUUCACGCUUUGGCACGCCAAAAACGUUCUGAUCGAUGGUAUUACGUGGAGACAGAGUCAAUUCUGGCACACCUUCGUUGCCUACAGCCAGAAUAUCACGAUGACAAACUUGGACAUGAACUCGACAAGCAACAGUCAAUGGAGCACCGUUAACACUGACGGUACCGAUACUUGGAAUUCGAAGGAUGUCUUUAUCAGCAACUGGACUGUGACCUGCGGUGAUGACUGCAUAGCCGUCAAGGGCAACAGCACCAACAUCCAAGUAAACAACGUGCACUGCUACGAAUCCGGCUGCGCCGUCAUCGGAUCUCUCGGCAACCCAUCCAACGUCGCCGACAUCGUUGAGAACGUAGUCUUCGACAACAUCACCUGCACGCACAGCUCGAACGCAGCAUGGAUCAAGACAUAUUCUGGAACGGGUCGUGUCAAGAACAUCACCUUCUCUAACAUCAAAGCAGAGAACGUGAACCAGCCCAUCUACGUGACGCCUUGCAUCUACACGGGCCACAAUUGCGACCAGAGCCGAUUGCCCAUCUCAGAUGUUCGCUGGAUCAAUGUGACGGGUACGGCGCGAUACAACAUCGCUUCCGCCAUUCACUGCAGCGCCUCGAACCCUUGCUCUGGGUUUAGCUUCGAGAACGUCCAUAUCGAUACCCUCGAUGGAAAGUCCACGCCGAAGUAUCUCUGCAGCAAUAUCCAGAACCAGGCCGAUAGUGGAAUCCCCUGCACGGGGACUUGCCCGGCUGAUUGGCCGCAGCAGUUGAGUGGAAACCGCUGAACGCGUUCCUGGAUAAGUGAACAGUAUGGGGGCUGUGCGAAAAUCUCAUAGGCAGGUAAUAGUACCUAGAUAGCUUUCACGAUGAAAAUUGAGAACAUGACCAUAUGAACGCCACUCAUAAGCCAUCUCUAGAAUUUUGCCGUAUCCAUAUCUCAUUUCUCAUCACUCACUAUAUUC